AUGGCCACCACCAUGGACAUCUCUUCGAACCCCCUCGCCAAAUUCUCCCUGCGAACCCGCCAAAAUACAAUCCUGCAUACAGGGUACAUGGGGACCAUCAAGUACAUGCUCCAGACCCUAAUAUUCGAAGAAUACAGCACAGGUCUACACGCGCAAAUCGGUGUUUUCGAAGGCCAGCGUGUUGACGUUAAUACAAACGAGGAGGUAGACUGCAUUAUCAAGGUUCGGAUGCAACUCAACCCCGUCCUCAUCCCCCACGCAUCCUCGUCCUCCCGUGCCUCGUACUUUCUCGACCGCGAGUGUCGCGCACUCCGCGCAGCGCAGUACUCCGGUCGCACGCCUGACUUCGUCGCCUGUGCGAGCGAAGUGCAAGACCGCAGCGGGUUUUAUCCCGGUGGGUAUCUGGAUAUUAUUGCCAUGAGCAAGUUACCAGGGAAACCUAUCGCACAGUGUCUCGGCGCGUUGACGGCUGCUGAUUUGAAGGUUAUCAAGAAGGAUCUAGCCGUACUCCUCAAGUAA